GACAUUACGACGUUCAAAGCAAUUUUGAAGCAGUUUAUUCGAUGUGCAUGGAACCUUUUUUUUUUAGAAUUGAUAGUUUUUUUUACUGAGAAUUCGAAAUGGAUAGCACCAAUCAAGUUAUUUAUGAUUUUUCAAAUUUAACGGCAAAUGAAGUCGAAAUUGAAACCACUGAUGAUACAGACAAAUCAACGGAAAAUAAAGUCAAGCCAAAGGUUGAAACACCAUUUUUUGAACUAUCCGACUAUUUGAAUGGAGCACUUCAUGAGGAAUCCCAUUACAGCUGGAGUCAAACAUUCACAGAAAUCGAGAUUCACAUUCGACUGUCGAAAAAUGUUACAUCAAAAAAUCUCAAAGUAAAUAUCACAUAUACCUCGAUCGACAUACAUGCAAUUGUAGACGGAGAGCGGACUAAAGUCCUUGGCGGCCAAUUGUACGACAAAUGUAAGGCACCAGAUGCCAUGUGGACAAUAACCGGUGGCAAUAAACUCAAUAUUAGCGUCGAUAAAACAAAGGAAAUUUGGUGGAAGAAGCUCUUCCAACACGAAUCGGAGAUUGAUACCAAAAAAAUCGACUGUUCCCGACAAAUGAACGAACUUUCCGACGAGACUCAGGCCCAAAUAAAUCAAAUUCAAUUCGAUGAACAACAAAAACUAAAAGGUCAACCGACAUCGGAUCAGAUUAAACAACAGGAACUACUAAGAAAGGCUUGGGAUGCUGAAGGCUCACCAUUUAAAGGACAACCAUUCGAUCCGAAUAUCGUUCAAUUUCAAAAUUAGCUUUCUUUUAAACAGAAAGAAUAAAUAAAACUGCAUUUGUUUUUGUAUCAAAUUAAGUGUAACA